GUGUCUGGGUCGUGGGAACGGGGCAGGGCGGGGCAUGGUAACGGCUCGGAGGGAGAGGGGGCGGUGCCGCAGCGAGGCGGAGGGACGGGUGCUCACCGCCGCCGCAGCCGCAGCUCGCGCGCACCUCGGCCAUGAUGAUCCACGGCUUCCAGAGCAGUCACCAGAACUUCUCCUUCGGGCCGUGGAAGCUGACGGCGGCCAAGACCCACAUCAUGAAGUCAGCGGAUGUGGAGAAGUUAGCAGAUGAAUUACAUAUGCCAUCUCUCCCGGAAAUGAUGUUUGGAGACAACGUUUUAAGAAUCCAGCACGGUUCUGGCUUUGGAAUUGAGUUCAAUGCUACAGAUGCAUUAAAGUGUGUAAACAACUGCCAAGGAAUGCUUAAAGUAGCCUGUGCCGAAGAGUGGCAGGAAAGCAGGACGGAAGGUGAACACUCUAAAGAGGUUGUUAAACCGUAUGAUUGGACCUAUACCACAGAUUAUAAAGGAACAUUACUUGGAGAUGCUGUUAAAUUAAAGGUUAUACCUACAACAGAUCAUAUAGAUACAGAGAAACUGAAAGCCCGAGAACAGAUUAAAUUUUUCGAAGAAGUUCUCCUCUUUGAGGAUGAACUUCAUGAUCAUGGAGUUUCAAGCCUGAGUGUGAAAAUUAGAGUAAUGCCUUCUAGCUUUUUUCUGCUGUUGCGGUUUUUCUUGAGAAUUGAUGGGGUGCUUAUCAGAAUGAACGACACACGGGUUUACCAUGAGGCUGACAAGACCUAUAUGUUACGAGAAUAUACUUCACGAGAGAGCACAAUUGCUGAUUUAAUGCAUGUUCCACCUUCCUUCUUCACGGAACCUAAUGAAAUAUCACAGUAUUUACCAAUAAAGAAGGCAGUUUGUGAGAAGCUGGUGUUUCCAGAAAAAGUUGAUCCUGACCCUGCAGAAUAGAAUGUGAUACAACAUAUAUUCACUGAGGAAUCCGACUGGACACCUUGGCUAUUUGUAGGGAUAUUUUUAUUAUGAGAAUUAAUUGCUUUGUUUGUGUGCAGAUUUUCUGUAGCCUUAAAGGAAAAAAGUAAAAGAUUGUUGUAGGCAGGUUCCAUUUAACAGCUGUUUGUACUGUCCAUCUUCAAAUUCAUACUCCACAUUUAUAUGUUCUAGAGAUAAAUUUUUACCUCUAAAUGAUCACAAAGUGGAUCUGCAGCAGUGAUGUGUGUAUGUCUCAUGAGCAGCAGGCAGAAUCUGCAUCCGUCAUGAAACACUGUCUCUCACCUGGAAGAGGUUAAUUUAAGUCAUUGAAUCCCCAUGCCUCGUGACUUUCACAGGAUCCCCGAUCAUGCACGUUGAUGCACUGGCUCUGCACUUUGGGCUUUCUGACAUCUAGUCACACUUCUGGAGAGUUUUGACUUGUCACCUAGGAAAUCAAUCUCAUAGUUUAAUGAUCUUCACCAAUAAAAUUUUAAAAAUGUAUUUGCCUUCUAAUUUUAAAUUAGCUUUGAAAUUUAAAGAAAUGUUUAGAUAUAGAACCAGAAAAACCUAGCAUUUUGGAGAAUGCAAGCCCUUGUGUGCAAGGAAGCUUAUGAGUAGGGUGUAUAUGGUUGUCAGAGAUCUCCUCCAUCUGUAGGUGCUCUUCACACCUGCCUGGGCAGCACAUAAAGUAGACAAAAGAUUUCAAAUCCACUUAGUUAUUUUGGGAUGACCCUUUAAACAUAUUAUAUUCUUUUCUGCCUUUCUGGAUAUUCUUUAUAAAGUGGAAAAUUACAUAAGUACCAAGUAAGAAAUUACUUGAAGUAGAUUUUUAAAAAUAAUUUUUUAAGGAGCAGAAAGGAAAAGAAACUUUUAUUUGGCUUGAAAUAAUUGUACAUAUUUCCACAUGAUGGAAAAACCAUUAAAUAAGAACAUUUAAUUGAAAGUAUUAGCAAAGCUAUUUAGGUGUUAGCCUGAAGAUAAGUUUUAGUGAAAAAAUACAUGUGGAUAUUCACCCUUGCCCAACCUUUGGUAUAUUAUUGCAAGCCAAGGGCUGGGGAUUUAGCUCAGUGGUUCCGCAGCCUGCCCUGCAAACGCAAGGACCCGAGUUUGAUCCCCCUAACUCCCAUACCAAAAAAACCACACCCCAUUAUUGCAAGCCAAAUAGGCAGGGUAUAUCUUACUAUCUAAAUUUGGUCACAAAUGGUUUUUGUAUUUGUUUGCCUUUUGCAUUACUUCCAAGGUAUAGAAAAUCAGGAUUUGUUAUUGGUCAGUGUGUAUUAAAUAUACUGUAUUUAAUGUUUUCUCUUAGGAAUAUGUGGGUGGAUAUAUAUAUAUACUGCUCAGUUUUCUGUUUUAUUUGCCUUGCAGAUUUAAACAGAAUAGACUUCAUGGAAAUUAUAAGAAAUCGUUGGUUUUUUUUUUUUGUUUGGUACCAGGGAUUGAACUCAGGAUCUUGCACUUGUGAGGCAGGCGCCAGAACCACUGAGCUAAAUUCCUGCCUCUAAAAAAUUGUUGUAAGGAUAUUCAUUAGUUGGAAUUUCUGGGCAACAUCAUAUUUAUGAGAGAAUACAUAUUUUUUAAAAAUUUGUUGAUUUGGAUGUCUUGAUAACCUGAGUAGUCUUAGAGUACUUGAGAAUUCAUUGUUAAAAAUUGUGGAGAAUUAAAAGAAUUGACUUCUUUUUUCUUUUUUUAAGAUGAUGGGUAGGAUGAGUAUGCUUCUAAAAGUUUCAUUAGUUUAUUUCUGUGGGGACUACCAAGAAAAUGUAUAUUUGGACAUCGCUAAGUAUGACAUAUAUGCCAUUUUAUAUUUAUUUGUUCUGGUUGUCUUUUUAUAAGAGAAAAAUAAAAAAUUUACUGAUCUA